CUUUAUUCAACAUCAAUAAAAACCAUCAGCGAAGCGUUCUCUCAUCCACAAAAAGACCUAAUUAUACUGUUCAUGUUCAUAAGAGCGGUUCGCAUCCUCUCUCAGAAUAUUUUUACCGCUUCUUCGCCAUCAGCUAAGAAAAUGAUGGCCCCUUCAGCCGUAAUACCCCACAAUGAAAUCACAAAGGAGCAGUUCGCGUCUCAUCUAAGCCAAUACCAAGCUCUCCUUGAAGCCAUAUCGGUGUCCAAAGGCGCCAAAGGUGGCCAAAGGACGCUCUCUGAGCUGGAUCGCUACCGCUAUGUAGAUGCCGUAGAGACAUUCAACCUCCAGAAUCCAAAGCGAGACAUGAACCUUGAAGAUGUCAAGACGCUGGUAGAAUGGAAGCUGCGGCACGGCAAAUUUCGCCCAAAGCUCCUCUCUCUCGUCUCCUCCAACCCAUCCGCCACAGUCUCCCAAACGCUCGACUCCGCCCGGCACCUCUACACCAAUUCAAAGGACGCCAGGGCCACAGUCAGAGCUCUCGCCAAGCUUAAGGGCAUCGGCCCCGCCACGGCCUCUCUCCUCCUCUCCGUGCACGACGCCCAAAACGUCAUCUUCUUCUCCGACGAGGCCUUCUACUGGCUGUGCUGUGGCGGAAAGAAGGCCGCUAUCAAGUAUAAUAUCGACGAGUACGCGGCCCUGCGCGAUGAGGCCGAGGCUUUGAUCAAAAGGCUUGAUGUGUCAGCGACGGACAUUGAAAAGGUGGCGUAUGUUUUGAUGAAAGGGCCAGCUUUGGACAAGGAUUCACAGGCAGAUACAGCAAAGGCCAGUGUGCCGGCCAAAGCAUCAAUUCCAAGCGCCUCGAAGUCUAAAAAGCGAAAGACGAUUUCUAAUGAAGAAAGCGCGAAAACAGAGACAAAGACUGAGACAAAGACUGAUGAAAAGACACGGACUGAGGAAAAUUCAUCUGUGAGGCGGUCGAAAAGGCUUAGAAAGUAG